CGGCAAGUAGUCAAUACAGCGAGCGCUCCCCAGCCCUUGGGCGCUUAUUCUCAAGCUAUAAGGGUCAAGGUCGGCGAGUUCUUGUAUAUUGCGGGCCAGGUAGGAGUCGAUAACGACGGCAACCUGGCCGGUGACGGCAGCCUGGCGUCUCAGACUCGCCAGGUCUAUGAGAACCUCGGCAACAUCCUCAGUUCCGUCGGGGCUUCUUUCAGCGAUGUGGUCGAGUUUACCACCUACGUGGUAGGACGAAAGUCGGUAGUCCCCUUCAUGGAAGCUCGCGCCGGAAUAUUUCCAAGCCUCUACCCCAAGGGCGACUAUCCUCCCAAUACCCUCUUGGUAAUUGAAGGUUUGGUUCGUGAGGAAUUCCUGGUCGAAAUCAAGGCCGUGGCAGCAUUGCCGUAG